AUUGUUGUUUUUUAAAUAAGGUUAUUAGGGGUUUUUUUCUCUCCUAGGCCAAAUACAAGGAGCGAGGGACAGUUCUGGCUGAAGACCAGCUGGCUCAGAUGUCUAAGCAACUGGACAUGUUUAAGACCAACUUGGAAGAAUUUGCCAGCAAACACAAGCAAGAGAUUCGUAAAAAUCCCCAGUUUCGGGUCCAGUUCCAGGACAUGUGUGCCACAAUCGGCGUGGAUCCAUUGGCCUCUGGUAAAGGAUUCUGGUCAGAGAUGCUGGGAGUUGGAGACUUCUACUAUGAGCUGGGCGUUCAGAUUAUUGAAGUUUGCCUGGCUCUGAAGCACAGAAACGGAGGGCUCAUAACACUGGAAGAACUUCAUCAGCAAGUGCUGAAGGGAAGGGGGAAGUUUGCCCAGGACGUCAGCCAGGACGAUCUCAUCCGAGCCAUCAAGAAGCUGAAAGUUCUGGGUAAUGGCUUUGGGAUCAUUCCCGUCGGUGGGACAUACCUGAUCCAGUCUGUACCAGCCGAACUGAACAUGGAUCACACGGUGGUUUUGCAGCUGGCUGAGAAAAAGGGCUAUGUAACCAUCAGUGAGAUCAAGUCCAGUUUAAAGUGGGAGCUCGAACGUGCCAAGCAGGUGCUGGAACACCUGCUGAAGGAAGGCAUGGCCUGGCUCGACAUGCAAGCCCCAGGGGAGGCCCAGUACUGGCUGCCUGCUCUCUUUACUGAACUUUACUCCCAGGAAAUCACGCCAGAGGAAGCAAAGGAGGCCAUACCCUGAGCUGUGCGUGUCUAUACGUGUUCUUCAUCUGCUUCUUGUAUUCCCGACUGAGGGACACUGAACUUGAAAUAAAGUUGUUUAAACAGGU